AUGUCCCGUGAUUCGACUGUCAGCCAAGAUACGUCUCACCUGGCCCCAUCUCUACUGUCGACAACGUCUGCCUAUACUGUAGGUGAUCAGAAUACGCAGUCCCGGGGAGUCUACUCGCGAUGGGGUGGUUCAUACGUCGGCUCCUCGUCGACGUUGUCUCUGGGUCCGUCGGAGAGCGUCAAUAUAGACGGGAGACGAAAGUUGCUCUUGAUCUAUAUCCAUGGCUUCAUGGGUGAAGAAGCGAGCUUCCACAAGUUCCCUGCUCAUGUCCAUAACCUUGUCACCAUUGCUCUGGCCGAGUCGCACGUUGUGUAUUCGAAGGUAUAUCCUCGAUACAAAUCCCGCCGAGCAAUGGACAUUGCACGUGAUGAUUUCAGUCGAUGGCUAUCACCGCAUGAGUCGGAAGAUACAGAUGUGAUCCUACUCGGCCACAGCCUGGGUGGGAUCCUAGCCGCAGAGGUUGCGCUGCUCCCAUCAGCCCCUGGGAGCAAGGAGAUCUUCGAGCAUCGUAUCCUGGGACUCAUCAAUUUCGACGUGCCAUUUCUGGGACUCCACCCAAGGGUAAUCAGCACAGGCAUUGGGAACUUGCUCCAUCCCAAGCGCAAGAAUUCACCGAGUCCUCAAAGAAAACGAGAUCCUUCUCCACCAGCAAAUCCGUCAGAGACCGUAUCCAGCAGACUGGGUUCAAUCGAUUUGGACGAUCACCCAUGUUCUGACCCCUUCGCUGUGCCUUCCAACGAUCCCCAUUUUGACCCUGCCUUCCCCAACGACGUCCAUCUAGCACGGCGAGGUCAGCUGGAUGGCGCGCUGCAUUUUAUCAAGAAAAACUCAGACCAUCUAGCCAGUGCGAUUCAGGAUUAUUUCAAGUCGUAUUUCGAAUUCGGAGGCUGUCUUCUUGACUACGCUGGCCUCCACAGUCGGUACCGAAGACUUCGAGAACUCGAAGCGGUGAACGAACUCGAGCGCAAGCGAGAUGCGCAGGGCCGAUUGCUGCGGCGGAUCAGAUUCGUCAAUUAUUACACUGCAAGCACGGGCCGGAUCAAGUCGCGGUCGCCUUCUCCUAUGAGGGUGCCAGAAUCGGACACCCAGCAAACACGGUCGAUCUCGGGAACCUCCGUCGGGAAAGAAAUAAUCAACGAACAAGCUCGAUCACGGCAGUCAAGUCCACGACCCUACGUGGAGGGUCCACAGGAAGGAUCAAAGCAUGACCUGGACGGAUACGACGCAAGCGGCGCUCAGUCAGAAGAGUCGGAAAACCCGCAUAUUCCGACAUUAGAAGACGACGUUAACCCGCACGAGAACAAUCCGACCGCUGCCAUUGAGUCACUACCACCUCUACCUCCUCUCCCAGACGAGCCAUCAGCGUUCGACCCAUCUCGGUACCAUGACAAAGACACGUUGAAGCUGGCGCAGAAGGAGCAUUCACGACUAGUCAAAGCGUACGAGCGGGCAAAAAAGGACCGUGACAAAGCAAUCAAGGAUCGCGAGGAACUUGCCCGAAAACUGGCAAAGGCGGCUGCCAAGAAACAGCUUCAAGAACAGAAGAAAGCAGCAGCAGCAAAGCAGGGCGAAAAGGCAAGCGCAAACAAUAAGGACAGUGAUAUUGUCGUCAUCGUCCAGGAGGAGGAGGAAACAUCCUCAUCCUCAUCCUCGAUAGAUGAGCGACCACCUAGUUCCCGAGACUUGAAUAAUUCCAACAUUUCUCUUCUCACAAAUAAUACUACCACCACCGGACGAGGAUCAGAAGACCACGACACUGCCAUCCUCUCCUCCUCCCCACAGCCUUCUGCACCACCACCUCCACCACCUCCACCUCUUCCUCCCCGACCGCAGCAGAAGCAGAGCCCAAAACAGAAACCUUCAAAAAAAGACCGCAAAUUCUGCGCCCUCCCUCCCGCAGUCGAAAGCGACCCCCUCUGGGAGCGAGUUUUCAUGGAGGGGAUCGACGAGGUCGUCGCGCACCAGUCCAUGUUCCUCCCGAACGGCAGCUACUACGAGCGACUGGUCGGGGACACCGCGGCACGGAUCGAGGAGUGGGUGAAGGACGAUUGCACGCGGCGGGUGAUCUGGAGGAGUCAGGUGGAGGAUGGGGUCCUGGGGUGA